UCAUACAAUAGAACAGCUAAUGGCAAAAGCUUAAAUAAAUACUGUUCGACCUGAUGGCUUUCGUCCCAUGAUGCUAGGUGUCUCAUACUAUAGUAGUCUUGUGUCCUUGUGUAAAAUAUAUCUAGGCCUUACUCUGACUUCAGUUUCGUGUAUACAAACAAUACAUCAUCUCCCUCUCUUUCUAUUUUCUAUAUAUAUUUCUACCAAUAAUUUCAUCCCUACUCAUCUAGAGAUAGAAAUCCCACCUUCGCCAGCUAACCCUACCAUCCCUUCGUAGUCACAUUAAUCAAAAAGAGCUCUCUCAAUAUGGCUCCCGAAGCUACUGGUGUGUCCAAUGCGGCACAAGCUCCCAAACCUUCCCGGUUCGAUCCUACCUUCACCCAGCAUGUCAUCGAUACUAUGGGCCCUAAGACCACCGAGAGGAACCGGGUUCUCUUGUCAGCGCUGAUCCGACACAUUCACGACUUUGCUCGAGAAACAGAGCUCACAAUUGACGAAUGGUUAGCGGGCGUCAGUUAUAUCAACGCCGUCGGCCGGGUUUACUCGGAGUCGGGACAGACGAGAAACGAGGCUCAUCGGUUAUCCGAUAUUCUCGGACUCGAAACGCUGGUUGACGAGAUUGCCCACAAGAUCAUCUCCGAAACAGACGUGGACCCGACAUCCUCAGCCAUCCUCGGGCCCUUCUGGUCGCCCAACGCACCCUUCCGCGAGAACGGCGGAAGCAUAAUCCAGGACCCGGCGCCGAACGGCCAAGUCGUUCUCAUGCACGGCGUCAUCAGCGAUCUAGUCACGGGCAAGCCCAUCCCCGGCGCCGUCUUCGAUAUCUGGCAGGCCUCGUCCAACGGCAAGUACGACUUCCAAGACCCCAAGAACCAGACGCCGAACAACCUGCGCGGCAAGUUCCGCGCCGACGAGAACGGCAAGUACUGGUUUUACUGCUAUUAUCCGACUGCCUACUCGCUGCCCACAGACGGCCCCUCCUACCAGCUACUGCAGAUGAUGGAUCGUCACCCGAUGCGUCCGGCACACAUCCACAUUAUGGUCACACACCCCGAAUACAAGGGCUGCACAACCCAAUUAUACCCCAAAGACGACCCUUGGCUCUCAUCCGACACCGUGUUUGCCGUGAAAGACGACCUAGUGGUCGACUUCAAGCCCCUAGAAGGCGACGACAAAGCAAAACUCGAGCUGGACUACAACGUCAUCUUAGCCCCUAAGGAUUAUAAGGGCAAGCCGUUUUAGACGAAAACUCCUUGGGAGUUAAUGUGGUCCCACAAGAGCUUGAGAAGCAAGUCAACUUAUUAAGCUUUGGUACUGGGAACACAAAUUCUUGUUGAUAUUUAGUAUAUGUGAAUGUAGUUAAAGUAAAGCGCGAUGUUUUACAGAUGGGAGCCAAGAAGUUCAACUGGCACUAGUGCCUUCGAAAAAGGAGGAGAAGGAGAAGGAGAAGCAUACUGUGUCUUAAGUUAUCUUAGAGCGAGGACAUGGACGCUCUGGUGUUACUGCACUAAUUCAUGCGUCUGGGCUGAUAUAUAUAGGUAGUCUAUCGUCCUCAAGCUACAGCCCACUAAGAUAAUGCGAAGCUUUCACCACGGUGAUGAUUUUCAUACCAGCCUGGUUCGUAAGGGGAUGAGGAGAUAAUGAGUAUGAAUACGCAUUAAUAAUACGAUAUUACUACUACCACUACUACUGCUAACUAUUAAAUGAAUAAUAACUAUUAUUCAUUAACUUCCUCCCGCCUUAAUCCGCAGUCCGAAUUCAUGAUUCGAGCCAAUAUCGAGUAGACCUAGUUAUACUUGGCCAUUUCGGAUUCAGCAAUAUCCUUCGCAAGACAGAAUGCCAUCCCCUCAAACAUCCCUAGGCACAUCUCCUCCGCCGAGCAUGCUUCAACAGUAGCCCAUCUGCCGUCAUAGGUGCAGGCCUCGACGGUUGUGC